AUGGCCGCCCAGGCCAACGGAAGGGCGACCAAGUCCAAACAAAAUGGCAGCCUCAACGGGUCCGCCAAUGGCACCGCCAACGGCCACGCAGAAAAGACGCAGCUCACCUCGCGGUCCGCUCGCUCGCGGAAGCCCAGGCGGAGUCUCGUGGGCGCCUUCACGAGCAUGAUUGCGAGACUCUCCACGUGGUAUCUCAUCAUCACCUUCCUGUUCCGGUGUCCCACAUCGCUCCACCAGCUCAACCACGACUCUCCACGCGUGUGCAAACCCUACUUGCAGACCCGGUCCUUCGCUGCGCCCUAUCUCGACCCCUACUACGAGACCUACGUCGCCCCGCAGAUUGAAAAGGUCAAGCCCUACACGACGCCCAUCACCACAUUCGCUCAGGACAACUACGCAACCUACGGCGCACACAGGGUCGAGCAUGCCAGGAAAUAUGCAGAGGCCCAGUACGAGAAGUCUGUCCAGCCCCAGCUGCAGAAUGCCCAAAAGCAAAUCAAGGGCCAGUACGACGUAUACCUAGGUCCUCAUGUCAAGAAGGCGACGGAUGCUGCUGCCCCGUACUACAACGACCUCAGGACUAGCUCCGAAGAGAUCUACCACCUGACACUGCUCCCGGCCUACGAGCGCUCCAAGCCCUACCUCCAACAGGGCCACGCAUAUGGCCACCACGUCCUCGUCGACAUCGUCUAUCCCCAUGUCCACACCGCAAAAGAUGCCACCUGGGCCUUCCUCCUCCGCACUGUGUGGCCCCAGCUGCGCGUGCUAUACGGAGACAACGUCGAGCCUCAGUUGGUUCGUAUCUCUGAGCGUCUAGGCCGCUACAGGGACCAGCAGAAGAUUGAGUCUGUCGUCUCUGCCGUCGAUGCUGAGACGAGUCUCCCAUCUCAGUCUACCAAGGACACUCCCACCAUCGCAAGCUCCUCCGCCUCUAUUGUCCCUCCCAGCUCUACUGAGGGAUCUGGCUGGGGUGUCCUUGACGAGUUCUUCGGCAGCGAAUCAGCCAGCACAGCCUCCAACGAGCUGGAAGCAAAACCAACCAAAGUCAAGCCCUCUGAGCCUAAGCUCACCGGUGCUGAACUACAAGAGAAGCUCAACCAGGACCUCCGCGACUGGCAGACCAAGUUUGCUACAGCCGCAGACAAGGGCUCGGAAGAUCUCGAGGUACGCGUCGCGGAAAUCACAAAGCGACAGGUCGACAAUGCUGUCAAUGGACAUGGCCAGGCUCUGGUUGUUAAGCUAGAGGAGACUGCCGACGCGACCAUUGCUAAGUUGAAGAGCUACAUCAAGAAGACUAUUCAAUCACUUCCAGAGGAUGCUUCAGACGCCGAGCUUGAGGCUGCGUACGAGGACUGCGGCGCCAAGACCCGCGAGUUCGGUCUCACCGUCAAGGAGCGCGCUCAGGACAUCCGUGUCUGGAAGGCAUCAUACGAUCAAGAGACUGACUCCCUGGUACAAGCUGCUGUCAGGAGCACUGUUGAAGUACUUGAGAAGAUCCACAGCCUUGGUCUCCAAGAAGUAGGCAUGCGAUGGGCGUGGACUGAUGGCGUCACAUACAAGGACUGGCAGAACUACCACAAGCUCAGGAACACGCUCAACGAAUGGCAGGCCGAAGUCGAAGCCGUUGGCAACAGGCACGAAGGCCUUCGCGUGGCCCACGAAGAGUCCAAGAAGCUUGAAGACAAGGCUAUGGCCAUUGCGUCGGACAUGGUUGCCGAGCUGGUACGCUUGAAGGAUGUCUCCAAGUCUAAGAUCUGGGCCGGCGAUGCUAGCGAUGAUUUCUCUGACAAGGUCUUUGCGCCUCGUGUCCGCAAGGCUGCCCAGCAAGUCAUGGAUAACGUUGAGGGUGCAUCGUCCCAGAUUGCCGAAGCGAUCCAAGGCAGCUCGACACCGCUUGCUGAGAGUAUUGCAUCGUCUGCCAAGGACAUGUACUCCGACGUCUCUUCGCAAGCGUCCGAAGCCGUUCAGGGUAGCUCAACACCUCUUACCGAGAGUAUCGCAUCCUCUGUCAAGGAGGCAGCAUCCAAAGCCUCAUCGCAGGUUGUAGAGGCCGUAUCAGGUAGCUCAACUCCUCUCGCUGAGAGUGUUGCGUCCUCCGUCCAACAAGCUGCAUCUGAUGUUUCGUCCCAAGCAUCUGAGGCUAUCUAUGGUGAACCUUCAUCCGAGAGUCUGCUAUCUCAAGCUUCCGCCAAGGCGUCUGAAGUUAUCGAUGACACCGCAUCGAAGGCCUCCGCAGCCUACGAAUCGCCUAAGAAGGUCUGGGGUGGAGCCAAUGCGCAAAUCAUCGCUGAAGCGCGGGAACCUGUACUCGAUGAACCUCUGGACGACGACGAAGUAGUCGACACAUACUCUAGCAAGGUACAGAGCGUGGUCGCCGACGCUGGAGAUCGAGCAGCUGAGAUGAGCCGAGCGGUCAGCGAAGCGCUCCUCGGUCCUGCCAAGACGCAAGGUACCGUCGAGUCUGCCUCGUCCAUCGCAAGCGAGCAGUACGCAAGUGCUCUUGCUGCUGCAUCAAGCGUACUGUACGGUACCGAGCAACCGGCUGUUGAGAGUGCGACCAGCGUCAUUGCCGACAAGUAUGCUCAAGCCGUGACUGCGGCAUCAUACGCGAUCUACGGUACCCCAACGCCUACAGCCAUAAUCAAGACUGUUCAGGUCGAGGCAAACUCACGAUACAAUGAUGCUGUUAGCGCUGCGAGUAAGCAGUUCGAGAAUGCGAAGGCCCAAAUGUCUCUUCUGAUCUCUGGAGAGCCCCAGCCUGCGCACCAAACCAUGCUUUCCUACUUUGAGAAGGCCUACUCCGAUUCCCUCGCAGUCGCUAGUGAGCGAUUGUCGAAUGCUAUGCAAUACACUGAAUCAGUGAAGAGCUACGCUGCCGGCCCAACCCAGGGUUACUUUGAGUCGGUCUCCUCCAUCGCAUCAUCUCGCCUCGCUGAGGGCCUCAGCCAGGCUUCUGCUCAGUUUGCCGCACCUCAAUCGACCGGUGUCGCUGACAGCGCUCGCCGACAGUAUUACGAAGCUGUGGGCCUGGCGCAUGCCCGUUAUUCGGAGUUUACUGAUGCUGCAUCGAGCGCUGUAUACGGUCCCCAGCAAGGCACGAUUGAGUCUUUGGCUCCGGUGGCGUCCGCAUCGGCCGCUUCUGCUGCGUCUGUUGUAUCUGGAUCUGCCGAAUCUGCCGCGUCGUACGUGUCUGGUUCAGCACAGUCGGCUGUCGCCAACGCCCAAGCUGCCGCUGAGUCAGCCGCUUCCCAAGUCAGCUCUGGUGUCAUCGGUUCAGAAACCCCGUGGACUGAAUCGGUCGCCUCUCAAGCCAGCCAGAACUGGGAGGCACUCAUUGCUCAGGCCAGUAGCCAGGUCUACGGCCAGCCUACACCAUGGGCAGAGUCUGUAUACUCUCAAGCUGGCGCUUACGGUGCUCAGGCUACCGCUGCCGCUGCUGCACAAUAUGCCGAGGUCCAGGCUCUUAUCUCAGAGCUUGUCAUUGGCAAGGAGCCCGACUUCACCGAGAGCGUCAUGAACCGCUUCGCUUCCGCUUACUCCACGGGUCUGCCCGCAGCCAUGGCUUCUGCCCAGUCCUAUGCCAGUGAAGGUAUCAACGCUGCUAGUUCGUACGCGGGCGAUAGUUACGAUGCUGUCACCGACGCGGCUGCAGACGCGUAUGCUUCUGCUUCGUCAGUCGUCAGCGCCGUCUUUACUCCCCCGGCUAUGAUUGAAGAUGUUCUGAGCCAGGCUAGUGCGUCUUUGGAUCUUGCGGUUGAGAGUGCUUCUGUCGCUCUCUACGGAACGCCCAAGGGUGCCGCUGAGCAGGCCAGCGAGUCAGUUGCGAGCGCUUACUCUUCCAUCCAAUCUCAAGUGAGCGAGAAGCUCUACGGAACACAAUCAGCUCAAGAUAGCUUUUCGUCAGCCGCGGCAUCCGCCCAAGCUGCCAUCAGCGAAGCCAUCUUCGGCACGCCUACAGCAGCCGACUACGUCGCCUCAGCCACAAGCAGUGCCGGUGGUGUAUACAGCUCAAUCUCGUCUGUAGCCAGUGUCAACGCGGAGUACAUUGCCUCUGCUGCUAGUGAGAACGCAGCCUACGUUUCUUCAGCAGCCAGUUCCGCCGUCUACGGACCUGAGCAAGGAGCCAUGGAGUCUGCCAACAGCCGCAUCGCCGACGCCGUAGCCGCCGCCAACAGCCGUAUUGCGUCCAUGUACGCAGCUGCAUCUGGUAGCGCUGAAGAAGCUGUCAGCAGUAUCUCCAGCGCCGCUACUCAGGCCACUCAAGCUGUGAGGGAUGAGUUGUAG